UACUCUGGUGGUAGUCUUUCGGUGGGGGUCGGCCGCUAUGGCGAAGGUGCACAUUACGAACGUCAGCCUGCUGGACAACCCGGCGCAGUUCUUCUCGCCGUUCAAGUUCGAGAUCACCUUCGAGGCGAUCGAGGCGCUGCCCGAGGAUCUCGAGUGGAAGAUCAUUUAUGUGGGCUCGGCGGAGAGCGAGGAGCAUGACCAGGUGCUGGACACGGUGUUCGUGGGCCCGGUACCGGAGGGGCGGCACAUGUUCGUGUUCGACGCGCCGGCCCCGGACACCUCCAAGAUUCCGCUGCAGGACGCGCUGGGCGUGACCGUGGUUCUGCUGACCUGCAGCUACCGGCGCCAGGAGUUCGUCCGCGUCGGCUACUACGUCAACAACGACUACGCGGACCCUGAGCUGAAGGAGAGUCCACCGGAGCAGCCACAGUUCGACAAGAUGCAGCGCAACAUCCUGGCUUCCAGCCCCCGCGUCACGCGCUUCAAGAUUGAGUGGGGCGAAGUAGUCAAGCAGAAGCCGACCAUCGACCUGGCCGUGCACAACCAGAUGCCGCCGCGCUACGAGGACGAGGAGAACACGUUCGAUCUGUCAGCCAAGCUGCCAGCGCCCGUCUCGCCGACUAGCAAGGUCGAGCCCGUCGAGGACUUCAUGGACUUCUCGCUGUAACGGCGGCGCGAGAGUUUCGUUCGUGAUCGGAGAGGGACGCAGGCGGUCCACCGGUCUAUCGCCGCGUCCCGACCAAGCGACACCAGGUGUCGCGAAGAGGGGAGGUGGAGGCGACGGCGUGUCGUGCCACGCACGUGUAGCGCGGUAUUACGCAACGGAUGCCAUUGUCCUCAAAGUCUCAUCUUCCGCCCGCCAGGUUGGCUGGUCUUAUUGUUUGUGCUUGUGUCCUAAUAAAACUUGGCGUUUCGUAGC